AUGUUCAAAAAAUUCGCACAAAGCGACAUCACAGGCAAGACGAACGUCAAGUCGUCUGCACAGCGCGCUAUACGUGAUACACUGAUCAGGGAUCUCAAAGUCGACACGGAGAAGCUAGAGCAGAUCUGGCCGAAGAAAGAGGUACUCGUGCAUGUUAAAUGCAGAGAUCACAUAUCGAUAUAUACGGUGAACGGAGACCCGUUGUUCUUCCAGCAGCAUGAGGAACAGUUGUAUCCCACUCUUUGGCUAGUACAAAAAUACCCAUCAAUCCUCCCCCGUCUCCAAGUCGAUCGAGGCGCAAUCCGGUUCCUUCUCGCAGGUGCGAACAUGAUGUGUCGUGGAUUCACAUCUCCAGGUGGAGAGCUACCGCCGACUGAUCAAGCGAUUGAGGCCAGCAAGCCUGUUGCUAUCUUCUGUGAGGGAAAGGAACAUCCGGCAGCUAUUGGGUUCACGAAGCUCAGUACGGAGGAGAUCAAGUCGGUGAAUAAGGAUGUUGGUGUUGAACUGAAGAUGUACCUUGGUGAUGAUUUGUGGAAGAUGCAGCGCAUAGGAAAAUAAAUGAUAAUAAAAUCAAUAGAGAAAGCUUCGUACAAUUUGUUCUGCUUUUAUUAAUAUGAAGGAACCAUGCUUGAAC